AUGGCCCCGACGCCGCCAGCGUCGGCUCAGCUGCUGUCGGCAACGGGGCUGCCGCGCAAGAAGUCCGGCCCACAGCCCAAGCCGCUGAAGGAGAUCAAGCGCGUCGAGCGCACCUACACGCGCGAGCGCAAGAUCGAAGUGCUGAUGUACCUGCUCAACCACCGCGUGCCCGACAAGCGCGAUCUCAAGCAUGUGCCGCGCGCGCGCCUAGGCCAGCCUCAUGGCUUUGAUCGCAACAAAGACUUGGUGCAGACCGAAGACGGCGAGUGGGUGUGGUAUCGCCCGCCCACCUACGCCGAGGCGUCGGCCUUUUGGAAGAUUCCUAUGCCCACCAUCUGUGGCUGGUGGGAGUCGCGCAAGAAGCUGCUCGAGGGCACCGGUAUCGAACUGCCCAAGUGUCCCGACCCCCUACCUGUUCCCCCGCGCUCCUCUCCUCGACCUCGACCUCCACUGCCCGCUCCGGCGACUCCAUCAACCAUCGCCAGCGUCCACGUCGUCGGCCACGUCGGCGUCGGCUCCCGGAUCUGGGUCCGCGCCGGCCAACAACCCAGGCCCGACCGGACCAUCUGCUCCCACGCCCGCGCCAAGACCCCCCGCUCCCUCGGGUUCGGCUCCGACGCCAAGCCCAAGGGCCCCCGAGACCCCAGUGGCACCAUCCGUGACCCAGCCAGCGGCCCAACCAGGAGCCAGGUUCAACAACAGAGAGCCCAACCCGGAAUCCAACCGGCUCCGAGUGUCACUGAGCAGCAGCCCGGUCCCGGUCUUCGACCUUCACCUGCGGACCCGAGUCCAACUUCGGCCCGGUCGACGUCAGCUCCGGUUGGCCCCUGUCCGACCCCUGCCCUUGUCCCUCAGUCCGCUCAGCAACGUCAACAUCAGCAGCAGCGAACGACACGGCCGUCUAAGCAAGGGGCUGCUGGUUCUGCCGGGUCCACUAGACCGCCAGCCGCGUCAGCAUCGCCGGCACCACGGCCUAGCCAGCAACCAGCUGCCUAUGUCCCUCCUCAACAUCUUCCCCCACCGCACAUACCCCCAGAAAGCAACACAGCCAACUAUGUUGUUGUCUAUACGGGACCACCGCCAGGCCCACUGCCUGGUCACUAUCCUUUACCUCCCGGCGCGGUGCUCCCUGUUGUUUACGCCGGUCAACCAUUGAACGUUCCUCCCCUGAGCUACCUCUCCGUCUAUCCUAGUCCUCCUCCGGUUCCGACCGGGGUUCCCCCUCCGCUCCCAUGUCCAUGUGCUCAACCUCAAGCUCUAUACGGAGUGCCUGAUCCUCCAUAUGCUCCAGCUCAACAGCCGACUCAUUUUCACUUUCAUCAACAUCCUCACGGAGCAGCACCACCAAGCCCGCACGCUCCGGGAUCGAUUAUGGGGCAACAACAGCACCCUAAUCCUCUCAAUUCGGGGCCACAUCCCCCUCAACAGCAAGCUUCUGUCUCGGCAAUCGGCCAUCCUCCACAUUAUGCCCCUCCAGCUGCGGACCCCGCUGCUUAUGCCGGGCCAGCUGGGCAUGCCCCUCCCCCUCCUCAUCAGGGGCAUCUAGCUCGUUCAACACCUAACCCAGCCAGUCAGCCACCUCACCAGCACGCGAACUACCAAGUUCACCCAGCCUAUCAUCUGCCAGCAGCAGGCGCACACCCAGCAGGUCCAGAUCAAGGACCAACUCCACCUGUGGCAACGACUCAACCUGGUCCUAGCCCGCAUCCACACUCUGCUGCACCGGGAAUGCAGCCGAGCAUGCCACAUCCUCAUCCGGCUGGACCUUAUGCCCAGGCACUUUCACCGCAACCAUCAACAGCGCUAGCAACACCAUGGCCUGCAGAUUUUUACCCACCCCCCAGAUCUGCAACGCCAUCAGGCCAAACUGGCCAUCUUCAAGCCCCUCAGGGAUGUGCUGCUCCGCUUGUUGUUGUGAAUGAGACGCGUCAGGUGCAUCAAGAGCAGCAGCAUCUGCAACAGAGACUACAACAACAACAGCCACCCCAGCAGCAGCAGCAGGUGUCUCCAUUGGCUCAUCUGCCGCAGCAGCAAGAGAAACAUGCUCAAUCUCAGACUCACAUUAGUGCUACUACUUUCCCUGCUCCUGGUCCAUCAGCUCCCAACCAAACACAGCAAGAGCAGAUAGCAACAACAACAGCUCCUUCUGUUUCAGGCGCGGUAGCACAACCAGCAACGAUUGUAGACGCGAGUAAUAAUGCCCAACUGCAGCUUCAGGCCGACACCACGGUGGCACUUCCCUCGUCCAUGUCGUCCUCGUCACCUUCUGAGGCAUCCCCUGUGACGACGGCGGCGGCGGCGGCGGUCCAAACGCCUACGGAGAAGUUUGGCGGAGGGGUGCAGCAAGCGAAUGUGACCGAGAAUGAGGACGAAAUGCAUACCGCCGCGGAAGACGUUUUCGGCUCGGAGCCUGGCAGUCCGGCGGAUAGUGUGGAGUAA